AUGGCAACCAUAAUCACCACAACAAGGCACCCUAUACUUCAGCGCGGAGCUGUCUCCGUGCAAACUACCAACAACACGGAGCUGCCUCCCAGCGCUGUGCACGGAGCUGCCUCUGUGUUGAAUGGAGAGGGAUUGGAGUUCGAAACUCUCCGUGCUGAACUCAGCGAUGAGGCAAAACAAAAGAUUGUGAGUAAUGUUGUGAGUGCGUUGUCUGAUUUUGUGGAGAUAGAAUCACAGGAUAAAGUUCAACUGAGUGUCUCAACUGAUCUCGAUCUUGGCACCAUUUACUCUGUCACUGUGCCAGUGCAUCGGGUGAGAUCUGAAUAUCUAGUCGAGAAUGAAAUUGGAGCAAUAACAAACAUUGAGUACAAAACUACUGGAGAAACCUCCGAUUCUGUUGAUGUCAAGUUUGAUUUCUACAUUCCAAGCGAAGCCACAUGGAGGCCCCCCGAAAAAACAAAUGUCUUUCUUGUUUGGUUUGGCAUUUUCAUUUUUUUACUUUCCUUUCUUUCGACAUGCUAG